CGACGCCCAGACAAAUGCCUACUAUGGAGAUGAGGUUGUUGUGCAACCACUUCUGGAUGCUCCGCGCGCAGCCCUAGGGAUAUAGGGAAAGGUUAAAGGGGAGCGGAGAGUCCGAAUCAAUGUCAACAGCAUGGGAUUAUGAGAAUCGGAAGUCCUCCUGGUUAUUUUGAGAGAGAGACAGAGCAUGAAUGGGGGAGGGGCAGAGAGAGAGGGAGACACAGAAUCGAAAGCAGGCACCAGGCUCUGAGCCAUCAGCCCAGAGGCCCGACGCAGGGCUCGAACACACGGACCGCGAGAUCGUGACCUGAGCUGAAGUCGGACGUUUAACUGACUGAGCCACCUAGGCGCCUCAUUCCGGAGGUUUCUAUUGAGAGAUCUUCAGGCUCAGUGUUUCUUUCCUCAGCCACAUCCAGUCUACUAAAAAGCCCAUCAAAGGUCAACAAGGAAGGAGGCCUCACCCCUGCAGAAGCAGGAACUAGAGUCCACCCUGGAUAACAACUGUUAGUGAAAACAUGGAGGCCCAAGAUGAGAAAUCCCAGACGUCUAGACCUUCGGACUCCAAAUCCUUGACUAUUACUUCCUCAACUCCCCAGCGAUUAAAGUCUGAGUUGCCUACUGAGGAAUUGAUGGGGAUGGGACAGAAGCUUGACACUCUGUCACCAAACAUUUGGUCUGAUGAAGAUAGUGAUGAAAUAUUGGAGACCACAGACAGUGAUGAACUGAAGGAUAAAGCCCCCCCUGAUCGACCAUACUGGGCCAAUAAAAUCGAGUACCUUCUGGCCCAGGUGGGCUUCUCUGUGGGGCUGAGCACCAUCUGGCGCUUUCCUUACCUGUGUUUUCACAACGGAGGUGGCAGUUUUCUCAUCAUCUACAUCCUCAUGCUGUUCUUGAUCGGGGUUCCUCUUCUAUUCCUGGAGAUGGCAGCUGGUCAGAGAAUGCGUCAGGGCAGCAUUGGUGUAUGGAAGGUCAUCAGCCCCUGGAUUGGUGGUGUGGGGUAUACCAGCUUCAUGGUGUGCUGCAUUGUGGGCUUGUACUACAGUGUGCUCGUGGCCUGGAGUCUCUUCUAUUUAGUUCAGUCUUUCCAGUCUCCACUGCCUUGGUCAGUGUGCCCCUUACUGAGGAACUCCAGUACUUAUGAUCCUGAAUGUGUGCGGACAACAUCCACUACGUACUUUUGGUACCGGAAUGUAUUGAAGGCCACAGACAAAAUCGAAAUGGGUGGGCUACCGGUUAAGCAUCUCAGUGUCUCUGUCUUUGUGACCUGGUUAAUCAUCUGCAUCUCCAUGAUCAGAGGACCCAAGUCCUCUGGAAAGAUGCUGUAUGUCUCAGUGAUCCUUCCCUACUUCAUCCUUUUCUGUCUCCUUAUCCGGAGUCUCAUGCUGGAGGGUGCAAAAUUUGGUCUCGACAGUUUGUUGGCUGCCCAGGUGCCAGCUCUGUACUCUGUGGAAGUGUGGCGCCGGACAGGGAACCAGAUCUUUUUAUCCAUGGGCCACGGCUUUGGCAGCUUCAUCGCAAUCAGCUCCUACAUCCCUCGAUCCAACAACUGUGUCGUGGAUGCCUUUGCUGUGGCUCUUCUCAACUUGGUUGCCUCACUGACCGCCAUGGCGUUUGUAUUUGCCACAAUGGGCCACUUGGCCACAAAGAACAACAACAAAUGUUACGUAAAGAAUGCCGAGACAGUGAUGAAUCUGAUAGUUACCGGGGUGCUGCCUCCUGAGGUCCAGCCCCCAGACAGUCUGUAUUAUGAGCCAAGCUCCAUCUACCCCAAAUGGUUCAAGAACCUUCCUGAACAAAUGAAAAGCAUGAUCCUUCCCCAUUUGUCCAAUUGCAACUUAUCUGAACAAUUGAAGGAGGUUAUGGAGGGUCCUGGUGUGGCCUUUGUGGCAGUUACUGAUACCAUCUCUGUGUUUUCUGGAUCCACUCUCUGGGCCAUCGUCAUCUUCGUGUUGCUGGCAAACCUGGGGCUGAGCACCAUGAUAGGGAUCAUGCAGGGCAUUAUUACCCCUCUCCAGGACACCUUUGCUUCCCUCAGGAAACAGACAAAACUGCUUACAGUGGGCAUCUGUGCGCUUAUGUUCCUGGGCAGCCUCAUUUUUGUGAGACCUUCUGGCAGCUACUAUGUGAACCUGCUGGAUGAUUACUGGGCAUCUCUGCCCCUCCUCCUCAUUGUCAUCUUGGAGAAUGUGGCCAUGGCCUGGAUCUAUGGAGCCAGGAGGUUCCUUGCAGACCUGAUUAUCAUGUUGGGCCGCCCCAUCUCCCCCAUCUUUCGUUGGCUGUGGUGCUUUCUGUCUCCAUUUGUGCUGCUAGUCCUGUUUGUAAACACCCUGAUUCAUCUGUGUCUGAAGAACAUCACCUACUUGGCCUGGGACUCAAGCAUUUCAAAUGAGGUGAUCCGAACUUACCCAUCAUGGGCGAAAGUCUUGCUCAUCAUCUCCAUCGUCAUUACCAUCUUGCCUAUCCCUGCCUACUUCCUGUACACACUCAUUGAUGUGGCUUUUCCAGUCUCCGUGAUUCACAGUAAGGUCACAGUUACCUUCAAACCUGAAGCUAAAGGGAACUCGCUGAAGCCCCAUCCACGGCUUCAGGUGAUGCAAAGUCAAAAGGUUAAUAAAAUGGUUAAAUAACUAGGGAAAAACCUCUCUGCCAUGUGAGUAAUUCAUCUUGGAAAUAAAGACUUGGUUUAUUUGGCAAAACAUCACUUUUUUUUUUCAAAGUGGAACUCCCCGGCUGGCAACUUGACGUUAGAAAAGGUAAAAGUAGCAAUUGCUAAUGUAACUGGACUCAAAGAUGUUUUGUUUUCCUGGACUGGGAAAGUUUUUCUGGUCAGAUGGAGGUUAACACAGCAGUCAUUCUCUGCAUCUCCUACACUUGCCCUCACCAGGCACAUAAUAAUGGUGUUCUUUGACUUCCAGUAUUUGGUUGAUGGUGACGGCUGACCCCUACUUCUCCUAGGCUGCCUUCCUCUUGGAAUUGGUGGUACGUGUCAGGUCUGAUCCCUACGAAACUAAGGUAAAAAUGGUGCUAGUACCCGUGAAACUUUGC